CAUAUGUCACCUCCUACGAAAUUCAGAAUCUAUAGAGCAAAAUAUAGAAUACAACUUACUCUGUACUUCUAAUUCAAACAAAAUAUUUAACUGAGAGGCGAUUCAUGUGAUACACUCGAUCAUGAACCUACAAGUUGUAGUUUGUUUUUAUUUGACUACCUUAAUAUGUUUGACGUGUGUAGACGGAAUAAAUGACAAGAUAAGCCCAAAUGAGAGUGUUCUAAAUGAAAAGAUUAACCCACACUUAGAUGUUAUAGAUGGGAAAGCCAGCACAUAUAUUCAAAGCAGAUCUUCUAAAGAAUUACAGUAUUCAUUGCCUUACGUUAGAGAAAUGUAUUUUCCGAUGUAUUCAGGAAAAGAGAUCGUUAUCGAAGGAGUUAUCCAAGGAAAUGCUACAAACUUCACCACUCUACUUUGCCAAACAAUUUCUUGUGAUAGUAUUUUGCCCUUAUCAUUACACAUUGACUUCAAAGAUAAAAAAAUGAUUAGGUCUUCCUAUUACUAUGCUGGUGUAAUGAAAAUGAAAGAAGAUUAUGGUAUUCUAGCACUAGAACCUGGAAAUCCAUUUAUACUGCAAAUAAAAAUUACAGACUCAAUGUUUCAGAUUCUUGUUGACGGUGACAUAUUUGUCACUUCCCCAAACAAAAUGCCCAUAUUCUAUGUCAAAUAUGUUUAUGUCUCCGGCCAAAUUGCAUUAAACUGGAUUCUUUUCUCAUUAUACAAAGCUGCUAGUCGUGUGAAUAUUGAAAGACAUCAAGGCGGUGAAAAAAUUGUCGUCGAUGGAUACCCAACUGCAGAUAACUCAGAGUAUAAGAAUAUCGAUAAAUAA